UAGUAAAGGUUCUCGUUACUUUUUAGUCUAAACGGUAAUUUGAUUGCCCAUCAAAAAACCCAACAGAACUUUCUCAAAAACCUUGUUUACAAGCUACAAGCUUUCCUUUUACUAAAGCUUAAAGAAUCAGUGCAGCGAAGCGAAAAGUAACUGUGGAAAGUCAUCAAGGGAAGAGUCUGUACGGCUAAAGAAGUUCAGUUAGGCCUUAGUCGCGUCGCGGUCAAGGCACUGCGGUAACGUCCGCGUCUCGCUUAAAAAAAACUUUAAAAAACAAACGCGCGCGCUCCCGGCUGUCAAAAAAAGGUUCUUUAUACUACAAACAUUCAAGUUCAAUUUUGAGUUUAAUAGUAAAUAUUGUGAUGAUGAGAUGGUGAUUGUGACUUAAACAGCCCUGUAUACACCAUGGGUCCCCCCAUCACAGUGUGGCCGGAUAGUCACCCAGGAGACGGUUUGGUGUCGCUAGUGGACAAGACGCGGGUGUUGUUGAAGGUGUCUGUGUGUCUGUUCGUUCUCCACGCCUUGUUGGGGCAGAGUGCGAGGGCGGGCCCUGUUAUAUUUAAUGUGGAUUAUUUACAAGGUCCAGUGCCACUAGCUAGGAAUAUACGCCACUUGCCAUGCAUAUCAAGACGAACAGGCCAAGAAGGCCUCUGCAUGUUCGCCAUCGACUGCCUCAAAGCGAACGGCACACACCUAGGAACAUGCAUAGACAGGUUCUACUUCGGCUCCUGCUGCCAAGUACAGGACAAGAACGUAAUACCUAUAAAUAACAUUGAAGAUAACUCCAUAGAUGGCGCUAACUUCGUCCAUCCACAGACUGAAGAGAAAACUACAGUAAAAGUUGAAGAAACAACUAAAGUAACUACUGAAAAAACUACGAUAGCAGAUAAAAUAGAAAUGGAGACAAAGUCUGACGAUCUAGAUAAUAAGAUACCUGAUGAUAAGACUACUCUUGAAUUAGAAGCUACUACUAAAGCAUUUAAACCUGAAGAGGCUACAGAAAUUCCUGUUAAAAUAUCUACAUUCCAGACGGUCUCUGGAGAUUUAGUCACAGAAAAAUCUACGACGGAAGCGAUAAAAACAACUGUUUCGACUACAGAACAGACAACAGCGAAGCCUAGUAGGAAACCUGUGCUUACUUAUAAACCUAGACCGCCAUACAGACCUACUAACUUUACCAAGCCUCAGUAUAUACAGCCAAAUAGACCAAAACCUACUAAACCUUUAUCAGUAUACAACACUACUAGAAAACCUAUCUAUCGCCCGACACCUAAAGUGCCUUCUACUAAAAAGCCAUUACCAAUCCCUCCUAGAUUAAACAUCACUAUUCUACCGCAAUCUACUAGCUCCAGACCUAUUUUCACUAGACCACUUUCAACUAUAACUUUUAUAAACGCAACACAAGAAACAACCUCUACAACAACGACAACUGAAGCUCCAACAACUGAGAAAACUGUUGAGACCACUGAAAUAAUAACUGAACCCUCAACAACAUCAACAACAUCAACGACUACAACCACAACAACAACAACGACGACAGAACAACCAACAACAACAACAGAGCAACCAACAACAGCUCCUACUACAGAAGUAACAACCACGGAAACUGUCACUGAAAUUCCGACUUUAAAACCAGUGACGGAGACUGAGAUUCCAACGACAGACAAGUCCACCGAUUACCCUCCUUUCGUGACGUGGUCGAGUACGGUGGACGCCGCUACCAAAGCCCCUGAAAACACUACUACGCCUUCUGAUGAAAUAUGGUCCCCCAUAACGCCACCGGAUGGCUGGGUGUUGCUGACCGUGCCCCCCGAAACAACAACCACAACAACAUCAUCAACAACGACAUCAACAACAUCAACGACAACUACAACUACAACAACGACAGAAGCACCCACAACUGAACCCGAAACCGAAGCGCCCACAACAGAACAACCAACAACAACAACAACAACCACAACAACAACGACAACGGCAAAACCAACAACAACAACGGAAGCGACAACGGAACCGGUCACGGAAGCCAUGUUGGAGUUCACAGUCAACGUGACGUUGUCGCCAACAGUGCCGCCAAUGACAACGGAAACGAUAAUGACUACGGUGACAACGAACAACGCGACAAAUGCUACGGAGGCUAGCACCACCACCGAGGCGCCUGUAACCACCACCGAAGCGGUCAACAUGUCUGACUACAAGGAUGUGUGCGGUCGGCGCCUUUGGCCCCAGGGCCGGAUCGUCGGCGGGGCCAAGUCGGGCUUCGGGCAGUGGCCCUGGCAGAUCUCCUUGCGUCAGUACAGGACGUCGACGUAUUUGCAUAAGUGUGGAGCGGCCCUAUUGAACGAGAAUUGGGCGAUCACGGCGGCUCAUUGUGUUGAACAUGUACCUCCAUCGGAGCUACUAGUCAGACUGGGAGAACAUGACCUGGCCACAGAAGAUGAGCCCUACGGCUUCGCGGAGCGGAGAGUACAGAUCGUGGCCAGCCAUCCGCAUUUUGAUCCUGCUACGUUUGAAUACGACCUGGCGUUACUGAGAUUCUACGAGCCAGUGACGUUCCAGCCCAACAUCCUGCCGGUGUGCGUUCCUGACGACGACGACGACUUCGUCGGCAAGACGGCGCACGUCACGGGCUGGGGACGACUUUAUGACGACGGUCCCCUCCCCACCGUCCUUCAAGAGGUGGAGGUGCCCAUCAUCAACAACACGGCCUGCGAAGCUAUGUACCUGGCAGCGGGAUACAAUGAACAUAUACCUAACAUCUUCAUAUGUGCUGGUUGGAAGAAGGGAGGAUCUGAUAGUUGUGAAGGGGACAGUGGCGGCCCUAUGGUGGUGCAGCGCGCUCGUGAUGGUCGCUUCGUGCUCGGCGGCGUCAUCUCGUGGGGCAUCGGCUGCGCCGAGCCCAACCAGCCCGGCGUCUACACGCGCAUUUCUGAGUUCCGGGAUUGGAUCAACCAGAUACUACAAUUUUAAGCCAUAUUGCUGGGAAAUAUUGCCGAACUUGAAAAUUAUAGCAGAGAGAAAUCUCUAGUAAGAAACUAAAA